UGUGGGUGAAGCGUAUGUCACGAAUUUCUUUCCGCGCCUCCCCGGGUCUGGGAGUGGGACAACCCUGAGUGUGUAGCAACUGAAAAUGAUACAAUGUAUCCACGCCUGCGGAUUGCCAGCAAACUUCUCGCCGCGCUUCGGUGCUCUGAAAGUUUACCCGCAGUUUGCAACAUCCACGGGAGAAGAGACAUGCAGAGCGCCGGGGACGCCCAUCCAAGCAAUCUCAGUGCGGAGGGAGCGAGAGGACCACAGAGCAUCCACUCUGAGAAUAUCCCAGACACCCACUAUAUACCCAUGAGAAUCCUCAUCAGACCUUUUCCGCCCGUGUUGGACGAAGAUAAAGUCAGGAGUUUAAUGGAAACCAUUAAGAACCCAGACCAGAUGGACAAUGUGCCUCCAAUCGACGUCUUGUGGAUUAAGGGUCAACAGGGUGGAGAUUAUUUCUAUUCAUUCGGAGGGUGUCAUCGGUACGCAGCCUAUCAACGCCUGAACAUGGAAACCAUUCCUGCCAAGAUCAUUAAAUCCACCAUCACAGACCUUCGGAUGUAUUUGGGAUCAUCAACCCCCAACCUUCAGUGAACGGACAAGGCACAUCCUGACCUGACUGACGCAACUACCUGCCUCCUGAUGCUGAUGGAAAUAUGUCCUUUUCUAAUCACACUCCUAAUUAGAGAGGUCAAUAAAUAUAUUUAAGAUAAUUUAUAGAAAGAUUGGAAAAGAAGUCAGCAGAAAAACAAUUCACCCAAAGAUUAGUGGGAGUGUGAACUCAGUGCAUGAAGGGUGGUGGAAGUGUUUAGUCUGCAUCAGGAUGAACAUGUGAAGAGCCAUAAUCUGCAGGGCUCUGGACUGGGAGCUGGGAAGUGGGAUAGUCUUAAGAACUCUUUUCUUGGCCUGCAUAUACAGAAGGAGCUGAAUGGCCUCAUUCUGUACUGGGUGAAUCUAUGACGAACAGGCAGAAACGGAAGUAGAACCAAGACAUGGUGGCGGAGGAUGAGUGCAAUCUCACAUUAAACGUCUGGGCUGAACGAGGCUGCCUCCUGCAGCUGGUGAUCAUGUUGAUAGAACCUUCGAGCAGGUUCCAUCAGCGUGAGACCAUACCAAGCUCAUCUCCAGCAACCUAGUUUAGUUGCUCACUGGCCAGCACUUAUGAUAAGGAAUGUACUUGGGGGGGUCUGUCAAUGAAGCAGCCUCCUUUUCCUUUCAACUGACAUGAAAUAAAUGAACCCCAUUUGUUUAAUACCUUUCAGCUUCCUGUAUCUGUCUUCACUCUGUUUAUUCAGCUCAUGUUUUUUUUCUUGCUGAACCUUUCCCUGACAUUUCUGGCUGCUUUCCAUACUCCGCAACCUGACUGGUUCAUGAUAAUAGAUUGAACUAGGCACGAUAGCAUUUGACAUAGGACAUAGAACAGUAAAGCACAGGAACAGGCCCUUUGGGGCUGAACUAAUGUUGUGCCGAACUAUUAAACUAGUAAUUAAACGCCUAACUAAACUAAUCCCUUCUGCCUACACAAGGUCCACAUCCCUCCAUUCUCUGCACAUUCAUUUGCCUAUCUAAGAGCCACUUAAACACCUAUAUCGUAUCUGCCUCCACCCCCACCCCUGGCAGUGCAUUCCAGGCACCCACCACUUUGUAUAAAAUAAAACUUGCCUUACAUAUCUUCUUUGAAUUUACCCCCUGUCACCUUAAUUGCAUGACUUGCUAACACGUAUCUUGAAAAAGGUAAAAAAAAAUGCAAGAGAUUCAAACUUUUGCCGCCCAGGCCCCAGGCAAUGUUCUGGAAUUCCCUCUUUAAACUCUCCUAUUCCCCUCCCUUCCACAAAGCAUCGAUCUGAUUAAAUGGGCAGCACUCUUGUCUCCUGAGGUAGAAGGUUCAGGAUUCAAGACCUGCUCCAGAGAGUUGGUCACUGCAGGAGUGUGGCACUGUCCAAGUUACCAUCUUGCAAAUUAGACCUUAAAUGGAACCUUUGUUUGCUCACUCAGGUUAAUGUAAAAUGUAAAUUACUGAAAAAGGAAAUUAUCCCUCAUGUUCUGGUCAAUAUUCUCAGUCAAGAUCUCUGAAACAGUUUACCUGGUUGUUAUCAUGCUGCUGUUUGUGGGAGCUUGCUGUGUGGAAAUUGGCUCCCAUUUAAGAAUAAAUACUGCCAUUGGCUGUGGGGAGGGUUGUGAAAGAUACUAUGAAAAUGCAAGUUCUUGUUCACCUGUCUCAAUAUUUUCCCUAUGUGGGUUAAUGCUGCGAUUGAUCAGAUAAUACUCCUGUGAAGUUCCUUGGGACAAAUCACUGCAUUAAAGACAUUGCUGUUUUUU